CGCCCUCCGAACUGUUUCCCAAUCCCUCUCGGACCCCGCUCUUCUCUAUCAGUCGCUUCUGGAACAAGUUCCAUAGAAAUUCUAAAAGCUGCAUAAGAUGAGUUGUCCUUACGCUGGCGAUAGCGAUUCGUCGACGGCAGUCACAGACGAAAAGGACACGAGGCUGAAUUAUUCCGAUUAUCUGAAGUUGGACCAGCUGCUGUCUUGCCAGGAGCUACAGUCAGAGGUCGUAGGGGGUCCCGCAUCCAAAGCACAUGAUGAGCUUCUUUUCAUAGUCACCCAUCAAGCCUACGAACUGUGGUUCAAAGAGAUCAUUCAUGAAAUAGACACAGUCAGAAGUAUGUUCAUGGAAGAGGACUUCAACGAGUCGAAAACGUUAUUUGUCAUCUCUUGUCUUCACCGCGUCGUCGCAAUCUUAAAGCUCCUGAAAGAUCAGAUAUUACUUCUAGAGACAAUGACGCCUUUAGGUUUCAUGGAAUUCAGGAAUUACCUAGCUCCUGCUUCCGGUUUCCAGAGCCAACAGUUCAGGCUGAUAGAGAACAAGCUUGGAGUGCGGCGUGCCAGCAGAUUUUGUCUAGCAAAUCAAGAAUACAGCAAACAGCUUCGAGAGAAAGACGUGGAACAAGUCGAGCAAGCGGAGAGCGAGGAUUCACUCCAAGAACUUGUACAGAGGUGGCUAUGUCGUACGCCAGGGCUCGAGACAGACGGAUUCAACUUCUGGGGUAAAUACAAGAGGAGCGUGCAUGCCUGGAUGGUGGACCUGAAAGCCGAGGCAGAGAAUGCACCGAGCAAAGCUCUGAAAAGUGAAAGAUUGAAAACCUUGAAAGGGACAGUGGAAACAUUCGAGACAAUCUUCAGUGAAGAGCGACACAACCAGCUGGUAGCACGUGGGGAGAGAAAGUUUUCCCAUAAAGCUCUGCAAGGAGCCCUUAUGAUAUCAUUUUAUCGGGAUGAACCUCGCUUUAACCAACCCUAUCAAAUUCUGAACCUUCUCAUGGACAUCGACUCGCUUCUCAUCAAAUGGAGAUAUAAUCACGUGCUCAUUGUACAACGCAUGCUCGGUUCCAAGGCAGGCACGGGUGGAAGCUCUGGGUACCAGUACCUCCGCUCCACAAUCAGUGAUCGCUACAAAGUAUUCUUGGACCUCUUCAACAUGUCCAAUUUUCUCGUUCCACGUGACCGCAUUCCGCCUCUGACGUCAGACAUGAAAAUGAGGCUAUGUAGCAUGAGCGUACCACGGACGUGUGACAGCGACAGUGCCAAUUAUAGCAGCGAUGCCGAGGAGAGUGAAAUUUGGUCGCUGCGACCGCUUGUUGAUGAGGCGCAUCCACCAGAACAGAAACCACCACAAACAGCUUUGGCCGCAGCAGUAACAGAGUUUAAAUCGCCAUUUUAUGAAUGACUUGUCUCCUAAGGGUUAACACUGCUUCACCGCCACUGUUGAACAAUAUUUACUCAUUUAGGGAGUGUUCAUUAAUUACACCGAGGGGGGGGGGGGGGGGGGGGGGGGUGGGUGAGGGAAGAUUUUUACUGAAGACACCUUAAAUUUCGGAGCCCCCCAUUCGUUGUAAACAUUUUUUUUUUGGUGCCUCCCCCCCCCCCCCCCCUCAUAGAACACCCCCAAAAUUUUUCUCUUUCCCUUAGAGAAUCUUUUUUUGCCCCCCCCCCCCCUCAAUAUCUUCCCUCCCCCCUUGGUGUAUUUAAUAAACACUCCCUUAUUGUAACUGGUAUGAGGCACGAACCGAGAAUUUAGUAUCUAUUUUCUCUUUUCUCAUUUCAUGCAGGACUUUUUCCAUUUUUUGUCCUGGUGCCUCGGUCCGGAUCAUAUUGCGAAAGUGGUUUUGUUUCUUUUUUAUUUCUGGGUACGACCCAUAGGCUAGGUGUAGACGAAAAUAGACGUAAAGAUGUGUGAACCUAACUUGGAGCAAUUGUAAAAGUAGUUUUUAUGACCAAAACUAAAAAAUGGGUCGAUUGGCACAUUCAAGUAACUAAAGUGUGCACGUCACGAAAUAUACGUGAUUAAGUUAAUAUGUGUGUUUCUUAUUUUUUGUAAUAAAACUAUGUCAAAGGAUCAAUGAGAACAAUCUGAAAUUUUGUAAUGCCUUUAUUUUAAAUUUAAAAAAAACAAUCUUGCGUCUCAAAA